UGUUUUUGUACUACACUAUGUUGGUUGGAGUUGUGAUGUUGUUGCUGCUCUUAGAACAGAAAGUCAGUGUUUGUAACAGCAGCCAUGGCAUACUCCAGCAACGUCUGGAUCUUCAUAAUUGAGACGUAUAAGUGAAGCUGAUUUGGCUCAAAUUUCCCCUUAUUAACCAAACUGAAUUAAGGUAAUUUAUUAAUGGAAUUACAAUGCUAUUUUUACACACAUCUAAUGUUUAGCAAACUUAUGUUAAACAUCUGUGAAAUACAAGCGAUUAGUUUGAACUACAUAGUUGUCCCAAAAUAUUUUAAUCGUUAUCUGAAGGGAGAAUUUAAAAUGUCUUCACAUUGAUAUUGUCAGUAGUAAUUUGGUUUGGUAUGAACAAAAUAAAUUAACAAAAAAUAUUAUUAUCACACAUUUUGUUGAAUAUACAGCUUCAGUGCUUUCUUAAGUACUCCUGAACAAAGUCUAAUUUUAACCAUAUUUGUCUGCAAUUUCACAGUUUUGAAGUCAUUACAGUCUGCAAGACAUUAGAAAUGUUGGAAAACCCAGCUACAUGGUUAAUUCUGAGGUCCUCUCAGUUAAUAUACGAGGUGUAUUAGAAAUUAUUUCAAUAUCCGUAAACACUUCCAUUAUUAAGUUAUACUUAAAUCACCAAAAUGGAUCAAAUGAUCAAUUUAAAUGCAAUUUUUAAAAUAUUUUUUCCACAUAGCAAUAUUAUACACAGUUUGUUAACAUACACACUUUUUUCUUUGCAGGAAUCAAAAAAGAAUAUAUUGAUUUAUGUGUGGUAACAUCUUUACUUUAGAAAGAACAGAAAACAGGAACUUCAGACAACUGGUUUGUUUGCUUGCCUUUGUUUGCCUCUUGCAACAUCUUGUUCUGACUCACUGACAAAAACAACACUCUAAAACAAGCUGUGACCAAAACUAGAAGGAAUAUUGCUGUAACUUUCAGUAUUGUGCUUCAAAAAUGAAAUUGUUGAUGCUUCUCACCUUCACGGCUCUGGCUGAAUUUGAUUACCAAAGAAGAGGUACACACUCAUGUCCAGAUCUUUGCUCCUGCACCUUUUCACCUUCAGUUGCAGAGGUGGUGUGCAGUCAUAGCUCCCUCACACAUUUCCCUAUAACUGUUUUAUCUCCCAACAUCACGCGAUUGUCCAUUCAAUCUACAAACCUCAGCAGCAUAACAGCCAGUCAUCUGAGUGCUGUGCCCCUCCUGAACUACCUCCAGCUGUAUUAUACCAACCUGGGAAACCUACCUUCAGAGCUCUUAGGUGUUUUGCCUCACCUGGACACAUUGGAUCUUACAGGGAAUCAACUGGUUGAGCUGCCUCCAAACUUCUUCAGUCAUGCUUCGCUUUGUAGCCUGGUGAUGAAAAGUAACCAGUUUGAAAAAGCAGAGGCAGCAUGGUUUCCUGACAACAGCAGUCUUACCUGGCUGGACUUUUCAGGGAAUCUUUUAACCAGCAUUCCAGCUGCUCUGCUCCAGAAGCUGCCUCAUCUGCAGAAUCUAGACUUAAGUGAUAACAAUCUCCAAGACCUACAGGCUGAUACUUUUGAAAACCUGCACCACCUGGAGACUCUAAACCUUGCUGGGAACAAAUUAAUCUCUCUGAAACCCACAACCUUUGCACACAACCUUAAACUCAAACAACUGUUUCUGCAGGAGAAUCAUCUCAAUGAACUGCCAGCAACCCUCCUGCAGAGUCUGCAGCACCUUGAGUUUCUGCUGCUAAAUCAAAAUAGGCUACGGCACCUCCCCACAGGUCUGCUAGACAGGACAAAACCCUCUUUCCGGAUGAUCCUAACAAAGAACCCCUGGGAGUGUGAUGUGAAGAUGGAAUAUAUGUGGAAAUGGUUCGCUGUUAAUCCUGAAAAUGUUCUUUUUCUGGAGGAGGUGACCUGUGUUACCCCUGAGACUCUGAAACAUCAACAAGUAGCAUCUUUAACUGAGAGUCAGCUUGGUAUAAACUCACAAUAAAAAUGUGUAAGUCAUUGCACUGUAUUAAAUGUCUGUUUUAUGAAUGAGAAAGAGAAAAUUCAAAAGGCUGCAACAAAAAGAAAAAACAAGAAGGAAUAAAUAAAGUAUCAAGAAAUCAG